CCCGCCGGAAAACCCGAAGGUUCAAAACCUCCACAUUUUCACAGCUACACUACACAAAAAAAACGGCGUAGAAUGAACUGCUUGUCGCAGGUCUCGUCAUUCGCCGCAGUGUUUCUCCGGACGACAGGUCGUUCCUUUGGGACGACGGGUGCUCUGUACCAACCUUGCAACCGAAAAUUGACCGUCUCCGCCGGUGUGAACCUAACCACCUUCGAAUCGGCGGUUUCAAGAUUCCGAACUCAGCUCUACUCGUCUCAAACCAAAGCGGCGUCGCCUCGGCCGCGGAAGAAGAAGAAGAAGUCAGCUAUGGACCAGGAGAAGGACGCAUUCUACGUCGUCCGGAAAGGGAACGUCAUCGGCGUCUAUAAGAGCUUCGCUGAUUGCCAAGCUCAGCAAGGCUCGUCGAUCCGUGAUCCUCCUGUGAGUGUGUAUAAAGGGUGCUCUUUAAGGAAGAAGGAUGAGAAGUAUCUUGCUUCUUGUGGACUUAAGAAUGCACUUUAUACGAUUUCGGUUGAGGAUAUGGAAGAUGGGCUUUUUGGCAAGCUUGUGGAGUGCCCUCUUCAAGAUCCGGCAGCUUCGGAAGUGGAAAUGUCUGGUAAGACUGCAGCCAAAAAGAGAUCCCAACAAGAGGCUGAAUCAGAAAAUGUGGAAGUAGCUGGUUCAACUUCUAUAUCAGAUACGCCUUCGGGAAAGCAGGCCAAGAAAAAGACUGAUGUUGAAGUUCCCCCUUCCGGCCGUGGCUGUACUCUUAAAUUUGAUGGUGCAUCAAAAGGAAAUCCUGGAGCAGCUGGUGCUGGAGCUGUACUGCAAGCGGAUGAUGGAACCUUGAUCUGUAAACUACGUGAAGGUCUGGGUGUUGCAACCUGUAAUGUUGCCGAGUACCGAGCUAUUAUUUUAGGGUUGAAACAUGCACUGGAAAAAGGGUUUUCCAGGAUUUUCGUCCAAGGUGACUCCAAACUCGUCUGCAUGCAGGUUCAGGGUUUAUGGCAGGUGAAAAACCAGAACUUGUCUACUUUGUAUCAAGAAGUGAAGAAACUUAAGGAUAGAUUUGUUUCCUUCAAGAUCAAUCAUGUUCUUAGGGAGAAAAAUUCUGAGGCAGAUACUCAAGCGAAUCUGGCAAUUACUCUUGCCGAUGGUCAAGUCCAGGAGGAGUGUGAGAAGUAGAUAAAGGGAUACAAGUUGCUGGUUAUGUCCCAGGUGUGUAAAUAUGAUAUAAUGAAAAACCCUGACGAGUAGAGGAUUUUUUGGCUUCCCUCUUGGUAUUCUGAGAAUGUGGCUUGCUUGGUACAUGCUACUAUGUGACAUCUGGGAUACCACCAUCAAACACCAGAAGGCAGGAUUCAACACCAAAAUUGAAGCUUCUGUGGUUGUAGAGCCAGGUAAACCAGGAUCAAAGUGACAUUCAGAUUGACAAGCAACUUGCUUUUGAAAAAGAAAGAUGUAGUUCAUAGAGGGAAUGGUAAGAGCAGAAUAUGUAAUCUCUUACUAGCAUUAUUAAUAGUUUUUUUCAUUUUGCAAUAGGUUCUUUAGGUGUUUAUGUAUCUUUGUUUCUCGCCUGCAGUUAUCA